GCUUUGUUAAUAACAACCUUAUGCUUUUAACAGGUCAUUACGGAAUCAAAAUGGUUGAAGCAGAUCGUCCUGGGAAACUGUUCAUUGGGGGCCUGAACACAGAGACUAAUGAAAAAGCCCUUGAGGCUGUGUUUGGCAAAUAUGGGCGCAUUGUGGAAGUUCUCUUGAUGAAAGAUCGUGAAACCAACAAGUCCAGAGGAUUUGCAUUUGUCACAUUUGAGAGUCCAGCAGAUGCAAAAGAUGCUGCCAGAGACAUGAACGGAAAGUCAUUAGAUGGGAAAGCAAUUAAAGUGGAACAAGCAACCAAGCCAUCCUUUGAAAGUGGUGGCAGGCGUGGACCGCCACCCCCUCCACGAAGCAGAGGUCCUCCCAGGGGCCUUAGAGGUGGAAGAGGCGGAAGUGGCGCGAGAGGACCACCUUCAAGAGGGAGUCACUUGGGGUCUUCUCGAGGGCCACUUCCUAUGAAGAGAGGUCCUCCUCCGCGAAGUGGAGGUCCUCCACCUAAAAGAUCUGCGCCUUCAGGACCAGUGCGUAGCAGUAGUAUGGGAGGAAGAGCUCCUGUGUCACGUGGAAGAGACAGCUAUGGUGGUCCUCCUCGCAGAGAGCCAAUGCCAUCCCGAAGAGAUGUCUACAUGUCUCCAAGAGAUGAUGGCUAUAGCACUAAAGAUGGUUACUCAAGUAGAGACUAUCCCAGUUCCAGGGAUACACGGGACUAUGCGCCACCUCCACGAGACUAUGCAUAUCGUGAUUAUGGUCAUUCCAGUUCACGUGAUGAGUACCCCUCUAGAGGAUAUAGUCUUUCCUCUUACAGUGAUCGUGAUGGAUAUGGUGGUGGACGUGAUAGAGACUACUCAGAUCAUCCAAGUGGAGGUUCCUACAGAGAUUCAUAUGAGAGUUAUGGUAACUCACGUAGUGCUCCACCUGCACGAGGGCCCCCGCCAUCUUAUGGUGGAAGCAGUCGAUAUGAUGAUUACGGCAGCACACGAGAUGGAUAUGGAAGCCGAGAAAGUUACUCAAGCAGCAGAAGUGAUGUCUACUCAAGUGGCCGUGAUCGUGUUGGAAGACAAGACAGGGGUCUUCCCCCAUCCAUGGAAAGGGGCUAUCCACCUCCUCGUGAUUCAUACAGUAGUUCAAGCCGCGGAGCACCCAGAGGUGGUGGCCGUGGUGGAAGCCGAUCUGAUAGAGGUGGAGGCAGAAGCAGAUACUAAAAACAUUCUUAAACUUUUGGACCAAGACAGAUUACUUCUCAAACAAACAAAAAGUGGAAGUUGUUCUAUCUUUACUACCAGAGGACUACUAAAAGGAAAAGUUGUUUUUACCUUUUUUUUAUUGUUGCCUGUUAAGUUUUCCCCUCCAUGACUUUUAUGCUUUUGUGAGGAAAAGUUAAACCAAUGUUUAAUUUCAUUUCAGAAUUGUUAACAUUUCUUUCAAAAAGCAGAUGUUAAAUGUAUAAAACUUAAGCUGUGUACUAGUGUUGUAAUUUUCAAAGUAAAGUUUCCCUGAAAUGCCACACUUCCCAUCUGAUUUUCCUCAUGAAUGGAACAAGCAGUUCUUAAGAUCUUCCACACAACAUCCAACCAUCUAACAUGGAGAUGGAUUGUUCUACAUAUUCAGCCUCUCCUUCUUAAACAAAGUAGUUGCUUGUGAUUUGGAGGGUGGUGGGGCUAUUCCACGCUAGAAGUUCAGUUUGGCUAGAUACUGAAGUCACAUGGUGUCCCUAAUACAAAAUGCCUUCAAAUUCUUGUGUAAAGAGAAAUACAGGAUAUCAGUCACUUGACCUGAAAAAGCAAAUGGAUAAUACUAUUCUUUGCCUUCCUACUGUUUGAUGGGGAGUUUGAAAAGAUCUCCCAACCACGUAAAAGCCAUGUACAUGUAAGUCAGCUACAGAAUACUGUAAAAUUAAAAAAAAAAAAAAAUAUGACCAAUUCCAUCAAAGAAGCUGCAAAACGGUGCUUACUCAUACUGUUUCAAAUUUUUGCAACUCUGUAGUGUCUCACUUUUAAAGGAACAUCUUUGAUUCCAAAGGAGAAAAUAAGAUAAGCAAAAGAAGUCUUUCUCCAACUUCUCAAAGGCUUAUGGCUUCAUAAAAACAAGUGAAUCUUUCAGCAUUCCACAACUGAUUUAAAGCAUCAAAUGCCUGUGAAACAGCAAAGAUGGUAAGCAAAGCAAACUAGUUUUUCAGUCUAAGUCAAAAUUGAACCAAAUUAUCUUCUAGUACAGUAAGACAAGCUGCACGUCAUGGCAAUGGAAGUGCUGUCUAGAUUUAAAAAAAAAAAAAAAAAAGGAAAUGCUGCAGUACAUUAGAAGUUCUCCAAAUUCAACAUUUCUUCUUGGAUAAAAGUAUUUAUGGCACCAAUUUUGAAACUAAGGACAUUGAGAAUGCAGCUCAGUGUAGACAGAAUAUUGCAAAGUAAGGUUGGGAGGGGGUAUUUUGUGCCCAAUACCUUUCAGUGAAGAUGCUUAAGCAGGCUGCUUAUACUAUAUUUUAAUAAAAUUAAAGCCUUGUGAAAUGAGAAAUAGGUUUAGAUUGAAAAAUGUCAGCUCGGCUAUUGGGAGUUUGAAGCAAGCCAUUGCAAACUUGAUGUUUAGUUGGAUGCCUGACUGUUUAGUUUGACACUGCAUUACAGGGAUAUUCUAGUACAUGUGGCAGAACCUGUGGCAAGUUGUGACUCAGGUAAAGCCAUGAAGUUCAAAAGAUGCUCUUGAAUAUAGUAGACGUGAAGACCUCCAACUAAAAAAAAAAAAA